AUGUCCACCUUGGUUUUGGUGUCAGGACCGAGGCAGGCAGAAGCCACGGACACAGAGGACCAAUCUGAGAAGCACAAGUGUGCGGGCAUCACCAAGAACCCGAGCCAAGGAAGGGCUGCCCCGCCCAUGAUAGUGCUCACAACUCUACAGAGGCUGCAGCCUGGCAACUAUUUCUGCAGGUCGAAGUGCGGUGUUCGUUGGGUACCAAGCUCCCUUGCUCUGUUCCUUGAAGCCACGGAUUGUUCCGUCUGGUUCACCGUCACUUUCACCUUUGAUCGAUUUGUCAGCAUUUGUUGUCAGGAGCUGAGGGUGAAGUAUUGCACUGAGAGAGUGACGGCCACGGUUCUGGGAACGGUGACGGCGCUGAGCUGUUUGAAGAACAUCACCUGGGCCCUGAUACCAAACCUGGUGAAAUGCUGCAAUGGUGACAAGACAGUCACUCUCAGCUCUGGAAUUCAGCUCCUUGGUCCCUGUUUGGACCAAGGUCGAGAUGACAUCAGGAACCAGGUGACCCUGGAAAAAUCCAAACUGGGGAUUGGGUUGGUGAUCUUGGAUCCAGAGGAGGUCACGUACAUUGAGACCCAGGUGAAAGGGGUCAUAGGCCGAUCUGUGGUGUUGGAAUGUGGCCAGUCCUUGCCCACCAUUUACAUCUGGGGUUUCACCAGGCCCGGGUCUAGCGGUAUUCGAGCGGUGCUGUACGAUUAUGGGAUGGGCGCCAAACUGCAGAAAAUGGCUUCCAUGUUCGGCGAGGUGAAAGUUCUCUCCAACAGCGCGUCAUUGGUCAUAGACAACCUGCAGCUGGCGGCUGAGGGCCGCUUCACAUGUCAAAGCUUGUACGACACCAACGACGGAGCGAAACUUGUGUAUAUCUUUGUGGAUUUGUACGUCCUUGUUCCAAUUACCAACCCGUCCAUUCAGAUGAGCACCUCGGCGCCUGUCGAAGGGUCCACAAUUUCAAUAUCGUGUUCUGUAGAGAAUGGAACUGGGCCCUUGGAGUACAUCUGGAACAGGCAGGCAACUCUGUCCAGGAGCCCUGUCAACAUCUCGGAGACAACCAGCAGCCAGCUAAACCUCACCUCAGUAAACAGGAACCACACUGGCUGGUACACCUGCACUGCCAGGAACGAGGUGAAUGAAGCCACCAGCAAUCGGGUCUGGCUCGACGUGAUCUAUGGUCCUGAUCAGCCAGCCAUCAACAUAACUCCCUACUCUCUCAACUCAGUGGGUUAUUCAGCCAUUGAACUUGACACCGUCUCUAUGAUCUGUUCAGCCUCUUCCAAUCCACCCAGCCAAUACAUCUGGUUUCACAACAACUCUCAGAUCUACGCCGGGCAGCAGUUUGUCAUUGAGAGGAUUUCCCGAAGACAGACAGGAACCUACAUGUGCCUUGCCCACAACACAGUCCUCAACACCAGAACUAAGACCACCAUCGUACUCACUGUCUACUUAUUGCCUGGAGGGAGACCCAAAUGUUCAGCGACUAGUGUGAAGAAUUUGGCAUACACCAUGCUGUCGUGUAGUUGGGAAGGAGGCCUACCCCAGGCUUCACUGCAGUGGAAAGACUGGAGAAGCAACUCUUUGGGGAAGGCUGAACGAUCCAUCAACAACCAAGUGCUAAAGUCUAGUCCGAUCUAUAAUGGCAAGGAAUUUAUCUGCCAAGCAACACAUCCUUUGACCAGAAAGGCCCCUGACCUGCUCACUCCGAGGAACGUUGUAACUGUUUUCGAGGGGAGCGAUGUCCACUUGACCUGCAUUCUUAAAGCUGCCUACCCCUCCUCAGAGAUCACCUGGCACAACAACAGGAAUGAAAGCAUUUGGCUAAAACCCAAAAAGUAUUUGCUUCAUCAGGAGGCCUCCUGGUCAAACCUGACCAUUCGGGAAAUAGAUGGAGACAAUGACAAUGGAACGUACUGGUGCACAGCAAGCAAUGUGGUGGGGAGUUCAACCACUGGCAUCAACCUGCACGUGAAUAAAUAUCCUACCCCCCCAAACGUCACCAUCAGCAAGCUGCUCUACAGCCGCCAGCGGACAGAAGUGGUUCUGGAGUGGAUAACCCGAGGCUCUGGAGAUUUAACGGGUUUCAUGGUGCAGAGGAGACCGGCGCGGCGCUCUCUCGCUGGUUGGGGCAGAAGCAACUUGAAGGAGUCUGUCACCGACACACACAUUCCCUGGCAGGUUGUUGCCAAUGCCAUUGACCCUGCGGUCAGGGGUCACAAGCUGGGGGGACUGGACCCCAGGGUUUUAUACGCUUUCCGCAUUUUGGCUGUCAAUCACAAGACGACAGGGUAUCCUUCAGAAGUGAAAACUCCAGCUGACCCACCUUUCAGUGCUUUGCCAGCUGUGAUUGGUGCUGCCGUGGUCGGAAUGCUGGUUGCUGUUGCUGGAACAGUUUUGGUGUUUCGGUAUGUUAUAAGGAACCGUGAAAAUAUUCCAUGGUUACAUGAUCUGCUGUUCCAACAUGAAUUGCGGGAGCAGAUUAACUAUCCAGAAGAUGCUGAGGCUGGGUUGCCAGCGGAGGGAGAAGAUGCCGAGGGCCGCAGGGAGCAGACAGAAGAGUCCAGUCCAGGAGCUUCUGGCGAGGAGGUGUCUGCCACACCAGCUACCAUCGAACCUUCAGCCACCGAUGAGCAGGACGAUACUGCAGCAACUGAACCACCCAGUACCUGA